AUGAGCGUGAAGCCUAUCGCUCCCGUUGGCGAUAUAUUCGACGACGAUGACGAGGGAUGGCAGGAUAUGCCGGUGAUUCGUGAGGACAAAGAGGCAAGCGGUCUUGACGAAGAGGACAUCAAGAGGUAUCAUUAUGUUACACCGACUGUCAAGGGAUCACAGGGCUCGACGAAUGCGACGGGUGCCAUUUUGGAUGUAGACGCUGUGGGGCAAGAGUGGCGUUCCAAACUGGACCAGAACGAAAGCGAAUAUACCCGCUUACGGGUUAACGAGGAGGAGGAUGCGGACGAGGUGCAUUUGCGGACGAGGUACCUGUUUGAUGAGGACAAAGCUAUGACUCCACUUAGCCAGAUGCAGGCUACGAAGAAUCUACUCACGGAGGCGCAACGCAUAGCCUACGUGGGACUCUGCGCGCUCACAAGUCGAGAAAUGGCCGAAGUCCUCAAGUCCAGUAACAAGAAGGAGUUGAAGGCUGCGGGUGCUAACAUGGAGCUGUGGGCGAUGAAGAUACUGGGGAGGUUGUACUAUCAUAUGGAACUUGAAACGCAAGAACAGAAGAUGAUAGAGAAUCUCGGGCAGCACGGCGUUCAAGCUAUGGAUCUCGUUCCUGCGCUGAUGACUACGCACACUGUUGCCAACCCAGAGUAUGAUCCUGCGGAGGCUCGACGCCAAGCAGAAGACACUCGAGAUCGUGACUUGAUCCAGAACGAUGAAAUCGACGACACCGAGUCUCUUUCUGGCAGAACUGUCGUGGAUAUUCCACCAACGCCAACAUCUCCCAAUGCCACUACUACCUCUCCAAAUCCUCAGGGAGGGGAGUCCAAACUCUUUCAAACGACCGCCAAAGUCCUACCUAGCACUGCGACAGCUGCAAUUCCAGGCGUAUCCACAUCACUAUCAGCUGCGGACGAGAAAGUCACAUUGGAUAUACGUUGGACCGUCUUGUGCGACCUCUUUCUUGUCCUAAUCGCUGAUAGCGUAUACGAUGCACGUUCUCGUGUGCUUCUAGAAAAUGUGGCUGCGAAGUUGGGCCUUGGGUGGAUCGACGUCGUUAAAUUCGAGAGUCGAGUGACGGAGGCGUUGGAGAUUCAAGAAGACGUAGAGAAGAUGGAGCACAGGGAUCUCAUCGACGGUCGUCAGAAAGCUGCUAGAAAGAAACGAUACAUGAUGCUUGGCUUGGCUACUCUUGGUGGUGGCCUUGUUAUCGGCCUCUCUGCCGGCCUUCUCGCACCUGUCAUCGGUGCUGGCCUCGGCGCAGCGUUUACUACGAUCGGUAUCACUGGCACGACCGGCUUUCUGGCUGGUGCUGGUGGAGCGGCGGUAAUCACUACUGGUGGGGUGCUCACCGGUUCUGGUAUCGCAGCGAAAGGCAUGGCAAAACGGACGAAGCAAGUGCAGACGUUCGAUGUCCUUCCGCUGCACAAUAACAAGCGGGUGAAUUGUAUUCUCACAGUGCCAGGCUUCAUGAAUGGUAUUCAGGACGACGUCCGACUUCCCUUCAGUGUCUUGGAUCCCGUGGUCGGGGACGUUUUCAGUGUCCUUUGGGAGCCUGAAAUGAUACGAGAAACCGGUAGUGCUUUGAAGAUCUUGACGGGCGAAGUCCUUACGCAAUUAGCGCAGACGGCUCUUCAGGCCACGGUCAUGACGGCUCUAAUGAGCGCGCUUCAAUGGCCUAUCAUUCUGACGAAGCUUGGUUACCUGAUCGAUAACCCAUGGAACAAUGCUCUCGACCGAUCGCGAGCAGCUGGUCGUGUGCUGGCCGAUGUCCUCAUUCAGCGUUGCCUUGGGGUCCGACCAAUAACGUUGAUCGGUUUCUCCCUCGGGGCUCGUGUAAUCUUCUAUGCCCUACUCGAAUUGGCGAAGCAGAAGGCUUUUGGCAUCGUCCAAGAUGUUUUCCUACUCGGAGCUACGUUAAGCGUGUCGAACAAGACAUGGCUAGAAACUCGCAGCGUUGUAUCGGGCAGAUAUGUGAACGCGUACGCCAGGAAUGACUGGGUGCUUAAUUAUCUAUUCAGAGCAACGAGCGGCGGUGUUGGGACUGUAGCUGGCUUGCGCCCCAUAGAAGGGGUGCCUGGCCUGGAGAACGUGGACGUCACAGACAAGAUUGCUGGCCACAUGAGCUACAGGACGUUCAUGCCCCUAAUCCUUGAUCAACUGGGCUUCCCCGUAUUUGCUGAUUAUUUCGACGAGCCAGAGGAACCCGACUUCGAAGGGGAGCGGGUGGUGAUUACAGAAGAAGAGCAGAAGAAGAAGAAAGGCUGGUUUUCACGCAAGAAGUCGAAGUCUUCGGUUUCCGAUAAUGCGACCCGACCUCCAACGCAUACUAGGAAGACAUCCAGUUCGUCUACGAUUACUGGCGACGACGAGCUCCCCCCUCGGGUUGACGAAAAAGGACAUGAAGAGUUCUCAACCCGACCAUCGUCCCCCAGCCAGCAUGCUGACGUAUCAAGUCCUCCACAGAAGGUAUCUGGGCAACAGCCCGAACUCCCUUUGCAUGCUGGCUUCGACUUCGCCGCAAUCAAGGAGGUACUGAAUGAGAUCAAGGACUCAUCGACGGAGAAGACGGGCGAAGGCAAAGCUUACGAAAUGCCGCCGAUCCCACCACCAAGCCAGAGGUCGGAAAGUACGCCACCCACCCAGCGAUCUACGCCCGUUAAAGAAAGGGAAGCGUUAGAACCCCCGCUUUCUGCUGGUGGUCCUCGUCGUAGUGAUUUACACACAUCCUUCACCCGCUCAUUGUCCGUGAAUGAUGCAGAGGAGGAUGGGGAUGGUGCCAUCACCCCCUCCGCUACGUCGAAUAUCCCCGCACCGUUCCGUGUCACCCCCUCUCAAGAAGAAGACUUUGGUUCUUUUGACAACGAUCUCAAGACGGCUCGCCCUGGUGCGCCUCCGACGCUAUCCUUUGGAGAUGACGAUGGUGCUUUCUGGUCCCCUCCACCAACUCGAGGGUCUUCACUCCUUCCUGGCCCUAGUUCCGCUUCAUCUAUUGCCUCGCGUGGUUAUUCUAGUUUUGGAGCCUCUACGACCUCAUUUUCCUCAUCUACUGCAUUCGGACUAUCCCCUACAUACAACCCUUUUUCUACGAUAUCUCCGCCCAACAGUGGACUAACAUUUGGCGCGAACGAUGGUUCUAUCACUUCGUUAGGGAGUGUUCUGUCACCUAGUAAUGACCCUUGGGCACUUCCUUUCGACAACAAGAGGAAGAACGACAUUGGUUCCAACCCUUGGGGUUGA